CUGAGAACACCAUGGCUAUCACAAAUAGUCCAAGCCCUACCCUCCCGACUCUUCUUUAUAUGUAACUUCAUUCUUGCAACAUCACAAGCACACAGGCUUUCACACCCAUCUUGCAUUGGCUCUCCGGCUGCUGUUCUUGCUUCCUCGCUGCACACAACCAAGCAAAGUCACUUUUCCAAGGUAAAGAAGCAUGCAUCCGAGCUGCUCUCCACUGGCAGUGCCUCCGGGCUUCCGGUUCCACCCGACAGACGAGGAGCUCCUCUACUACUACCUGAGGAAGAAGGUUGCCUAUGAGCCCAUAGAUCUUGAUGUCAUAAGGGAGGUGGACCUCAACAAGCUUGAACCAUGGGACCUCAAAGAUCGGUGCAGGAUUGGGACGGCGGAGCCUCAGGACGAGUGGUAUUUCUUCAGCCACAAGGACAGGAAGUACCCUACGGGGACGCGAACCAACCGGGCGACGACGGCUGGGUUCUGGAAGGCGACCGGACGGGACAAGGCCAUCUUCCUCGGCAACGCUGGGAGGAGGAUCGGCCUGAGGAAGACGCUGGUGUUUUACACUGGCAGGGCACCCCAUGGCAAGAAGACGGACUGGAUCAUGCACGAGUACCGCCUCAACGAUGACAACGUCGAGGUGCCGCCGAUUACGGAGGAUGGAUGGGUGGUGUGUAGGGUUUUCAAGAAAAAGAGCAUCCAGAGGGGAUUCGACCAGCUGGGCACAGCGUCGGCUGGCGACGACGACGAACUCCAAUCCUUCCACUCCCCGGGCGGCGUGAUGACCACUCUGGCGGAGCAGAAGCACGGCCUCCUCCACCAGCUCACGCACGGCGGAGUCGUCGUUCCCGCCUUCGACCCCUGCAUGAACCUUCCACACCUCACGAGUGCGGAAGGGCAGCUUGCCGCCACGGCAGCAUUUACAUCCGGCACAUCGGCUGUGGCCAUGAACCUGCUCGACAUGGGUCGUUGUUCUCGCCACAACCACAACCACAACAUGCUGAAGAUGACAACAACACCAUGUGGCUCUGCCAGUGACAUGCCGCUGAACAGCGGUGAGCGCUUCGGUGCCGCCGCCGAUUGGUCGAUCCUCGACAAGCUGCUGGCGUCACACCAGAAUCUUGACCAACUCUUCCAUUGCAAGUUCGGGGGAACAACCUUCGCGGUGCCUCACCAUUAUCAGCAGGAGAUGCAGCAGCAGCACAUGGAAAUCAGCGCGUCUUCACUGCAUAGGCUGCCUCUACAUUAGCUUAUUGGACGUCAAAAUGAUGAUAUCAUAAGAUCUCCCUCAAGUUUUCCAUGUAGCUUUGAUUGAACGAUAUGGAGGUUUAAUCGUAUCUGUCCUUGUAGAUCUCCUCAAGUUCGUGGAGUUCCUUCUAUUUUACAAGGACCAGAUACCGCUAUAUUGUUAGAAUUAUUGGGACAUAGUAUAUUUUAUUUCAAUAUAAUUCGUAGAAAAUCUUAAAGUUCUAUUCA